AUGCAAGUUCAAGUCUUGAAAACUCUUCUGAAUAGUCAUUUCAAGCUCAAAGAUCUUGGUGACUUGAAAUACUUCCUUGGAAUCGAAGUUGCUAGAUCAACUAAAGGGAUCAGUAUUUGCCAACGCAACUAUGCCUUGCAAAUUCUUUCUGAUGCAGGACAGACUGGUUGUAAACCCAAAUCAACACCCAUGGAAACCAAUUUGAAACUUUCACAAGAGAAAGGAGACCUUGUUGAAGAUCCAAUAGUUUACAGAAGACUAAUUGGUAGAUUAUUAUAUCUAACCAUCACCAGGCCUGACCUUUCCUAUGCUGUAAAUAAACUAAGUCAGUUUCUAGCUCAACCUCGGAUUCCUCACCUGCAUGCAGCAUACAGAUUGCUCCACUAUAUUAAAGGAACCAUUGGUCAAGGACUCUUCUAUUCUAGUUCUGGUGAUCUGAAACUUAAAGCCUUUUCAGAUUCGGAUUGGGCAUCUUGCAUAGACACCAGACGAUCUGUGAUUGGUUUCUGUGUUUUCUUGGGAAAUUCGCUCAUUAGUUGGAAAUCAAAGAAACAACCAACAAUUUCCAGAUCCUCAGCAGAAGCUGAGUAUAGAGCAAUGGCCAAUGUCACCUGUGAAUUAGUUUGGCUACGUGCUAUUCUGUCAGAUUUUGGGUUUAUACAUCAAGGACCAGCAUUGAUCUUCUGUGAUAAUGAGGCAGCUCUUCAUAUUGCUGAAAAUUCUCUUUUCCAUGAGAGAACAAAACAUAUUGAGAUUGACUGUCAUUUGGUUAGAGAAAAAAUCUUGAAAGGAGAUGUGAAGGCCUUACAUGUAUCUUCACAAUCUCAAUUGGUUGACUUACUUACCAAAGCCUUGCAUCCAAAUCAGUUUAUGACCUUACUAAGCAAGAUGGGAAUCCUCAAUAUUCAUGCUCCAUCUUGA